CCGCUCUCCCUGUGUUGGCGUCCGCUUGACAAUUAAAGCUCAAAGAUGCUUGAGACGAAACAUUUGGGAGGGAGGAACAUGAUCUCAUGCUCUUUUUAUUACACAAAUGAAUCAACGCAUCUUUGCAGCGAGAACAAAAGCGCUGCGUCCGUCAGGGACUUGUGGUAACCACGGGAACCAAGCUUAUGACCAAAAGUCAUCCAAAUCACUCUGUCUCUUCAUCCACGCGGACCAGCCAGGUCCACUUUAAAUGGAAGAGGAAAACGAGUGCUUUUCCGGAGAGGGGGGCGUAUCCCGUGACGUCACCACUCCAGGCCGACGCUGUCAGGCUGCUGAGAUCACUGCGAGAAGGAGGAGGAAGCUGAUGAGGAGGAGAACACUUGUUGCUGCUCCUUACAAGAACGAGAACAAGAAGAAGAAGCCCUCGUGCUUAUUCCUGGAUCGACAAGAAGAAGAGCGUCAGCAUUCGUCUUCAGCGGAGGAUGUGUUAGACCAUCGUCAGGGUUGUCGUCAUCACCAGAUUCCAAUGGUUGACUGCCUCCAGAUGGCGUCCUCUCCCGUGCUGGACGCCGAGCCGGCGCCGCUGCUUCAGCUCCAGGAGGUGGACUCCAGCAAGAGCUCUCCAGGACUCCUACCCACCAUCUACAGCCCCCCGCUGGGUGUGGAUGGCCACACGCUGUGCAUCAGCUCACCCUUCACGGACAGUAGUCAUGACUACGGACACGGACCUCUGGCUUUCUACAGCCCGUCCAUGCUGAGCUACGCCCGGCCUCCCAUCAGCGACAGUCCGUCCUCUAUGUGUCCGUCACUUAGUCCCUCUGCCUUCUGGUCCUCACACGGACACAACGAGCCCUCACUGAGCCUUCGCUGUCCCCAGCCUCUCAACUACAACGACGCUAGCCCACACUGGAUGGAGGCUAAAGUACUCAACCACAGCAGUUCCGUCAUCAGCUGUCCCAAAUUGAUGGGGAAGCGUUCCGACGACGGCGGUGGCACCAAGUCGGACACUCACUUCUGCGCCGUGUGCCACGAUUACGCCUCAGGCUACCACUACGGCGUGUGGUCAUGUGAGGGCUGCAAGGCCUUCUUCAAGAGGAGCAUCCAAGGCCACAAUGACUACAUUUGUCCUGCCACCAACCAGUGCACCAUCGACAAGAACCGCCGCAAAAGCUGCCAAGCCUGCCGCCUACGAAAGUGUUAUGAAGUUGGCAUGAUGAAGUGUGGCGUAAGGCGGGAGCGCUGCAGCUACCGUGGCUCCCGCCACCAACGACGCGGGGCCCUCCAGCCCCGGGGUCUGGUCCGGGUGGGCCUGCCUCCCCGGGCCCAGCGGCACCUCCACUUGGAGGCACCGCUAACAUCAUUGCCGCAGGCCGAGCGAGUGCCGCGGUCGAGCAUGAGCCCCGAGGAGUUCAUCUCUCGCAUCAUGGAAGCGGAACCGCCUGAGAUCUACCUAAUGGAGGACCUGAAGAAGCCCUUCACCGAAGCCAGCAUGAUGAUGUCGCUCACCAAUCUGGCCGACAAGGAGCUCGUCCUCAUGAUCAGCUGGGCCAAGAAGAUCCCAGGCUUUGUGGAGUUAAGUCUGUCAGACCAGAUCCACUUGCUGAAGUGCUGCUGGCUGGAGAUCCUCAUGCUGGGCCUCAUGUGGAGGUCUGUGGACCAUCCUGGAAAGCUCAUCUUCUCCCCGGACUUCAAACUCAACAGGGAGGAAGGUCAGUGUGUGGAAGGCAUCAUGGAAAUCUUUGACAUGCUGCUCGCUGCAACGUCACGCUUCAGAGAACUCAAACUACAACGUGAAGAAUACGUCUGCCUCAAGGCCAUGAUACUACUUAACUCUAAUCUGUGCACGAGUUCCCCGCAGACGUCGGAGGAGUUGGCAAGCAGGAAGAAGCUUCUCGGCCUUCUGGAUUCUGUGAUCGAUGCCCUGGUGUGGUCCAUCUCAAAGAUGGGACUGAGCAGCCAGCAGCAGACGCUCCGUCUCGGCCAUCUCACCAUGCUGCUGUCGCACAUACGUCACGUCAGCAACAAGGGCAUGGACCAUCUGUCCAGCAUGAAGAGGAAGAACGUGGUCCUGGUCUACGACCUCCUCUUAGAGAUGUUAGACGCCAACACGUCCAGCAGCGCUCAUAUGUCGUCAUCCUCACCGCCUUCAGACUCGGACCACUACCUGGACGACCAAGCGCCCCUCCACCUGCGCUCCUCCGUCCAAGUCACGCCGCCCGAUGGACCCGGACAGGCCCUGAUCCUGGACAGACACCUGCAGGGCGGCGACAUCAUGGCGGCGGCCGCUCAGAGCAUGGUCAUCGCUCACAUGGCGACGCCCGCGGACAGCAUGUCAUGGUCUUUGGAUACGGGGGACGUUGCCUCGUCUUCGGCCAACACAACGGAUUUCUUGAUUCCCAAUGGCGUCGUCAUGGAAACCACUUCAGACGGCUGACUGGACUGAAACAGACUGAAUGCGUCCGUCAUCCAAAGACAAAAAAGUGCUGUGUCAUGAUAUUGUGAAUGUUUUUGUUGUUGCUGUCGAUGUUUCCUGUCAAAAAAAUGUUUUCUACUCUUCGUCACGCCGCCUUAAUGUCCGCCUACAGGUUGCCAUGACGACAGCUAACACAUUAGCCUGAUAAGCUCAAACUUUUCUACUCUUUGUACAAACUUUGUGUCAGCAAACUGCAAGUGUUAGCGUAGCUUUUUUCUCUUUACUCUGGUUAAAUGAAGGCUUCGGAUGAGUUAGCAGCUGUACGCUAAUUUCUUCUGACGAACAGCUUGCUUGGGCCCACCACCUGGUUUGUCGUACAGUGGAAAUUCGGUUUUCCUCAUUAAUUCGUUCGAAAAGAUCCAACAAAAAACAAGAUGAAAAACAGUAUGAAAACUGAGGCAAUUUUUCCUGUAGGAAAUAAUGUAAAUUCCAUUAAUACGUUCCAGACACCCAAAAGUAUGAACAAAACAUACAUUUUAUAGAGAAUAAUUAUAGUUUCCUAUGCAGAAAACAAUGCAAAUAAUUAUUAAAUGAGGAAUGGAUGGAACUUAUUUUUGAUGUGGACGUCCCGUACAUCCUGGCGAGAUAGAAUUCAAUUGUGUUUUUCAUCUUCUUUAUCAAAUUGCUGGCACUCACAACUUUGGCCCCAUGGCAGGUUAUUUAGCAGUUGCACUCAAUAAUGAAUGGACGGAGAGUCAGCUUUUGUGGAACGAUACGAUACCAGGAAAACAAAUGUUUGUUACAUGCAAUACUGUAUGACAACCGAGACUGUAUGACAAUCAGUGCAAACUUUUGACGAAAACUGAAUCAUACGAAAACUGAGGCGUACUAAGACCGAGGUUUGACUGUAUUUAGCAACGUAGCGUCAUUUUAGGCUAAAAAAAAAAAAAAACAUUAAAUAUUUUGGAUCUGACCAUGAUCAUGUUGGCCACGCAGUUAGGAGAUCUGGAAGAUCUAGGUUUGAAUCUCUAUUGGGCAUCUUUGUGCGGCGUUUGCAUGUUCUCACCCAUGCGUGCUUGGGUUUUCUCCGGGUACGCCGGUUUCCCACAUUCCAAAAAUAUGCAUGCUCGGUAAAUUGCCGACUCUGAAUUGUCCAUAGGUACGAACGUGAGUGUGAAUGAUUGUUUAUAUGUGCCCUGCGAUUGACGGGUGUACCCCGCCUCGCGCCCAAGUUCAGCUGGGAUAGCCUCGAGCAUACCCCGGUGACCCAAGUAAGGGUAACAGUCAUAGAAAAUGGAUCUGACCAUGACCCCCCUUUAAAGUAGCAUUAGCAAGAGCUCCACAUCAUGAACACUACGGUGACUAAAUGCUCAAUAUUAGCGAGUUCCGUAUUUUUUAACAUGCUACAAGUUAAUGUAUGAGUUUUGUUUGAAAUGUUUGCACUACAUGGCACUUUUAAUAAUACAUUUUUACCCUUUUCUGGAACACAACAUUCAUUGUGUUUGACGCUAACGUUAGCAUACCGACUUUCACCAUCAGGAGACCAAAACAUCAAAAGUUUCUCUAAAUGAGAGGAAUAGGAUACAUUUAAGUUUCUCUUGAAUUUAAGGCUUCAUUUGUGUCAUGUUGGACUUGGCACUGUCCACACUAGAACGUUCCUGAGAUUUUUUUUUUUGUUUUUUUUUUUUGCUGAGUUGAAAAAAAAAAAAGAGUCACAUCCACACUGUGCCGGGAUAGUUAAAUAGUUGAUGGGAACGAAUCGCUGGGUGAAAACGAUGUAAUACGCAAAGCACACCUAUGUGUGGCGCUGUCAACGAACAUGCGGGCGGAACCACAUGACACACCAAACCAUAGAAGAAGAAAGACAUACGACAAAGACAUUUUCAAGCCCCUUUUAGACUUACGAGAAGUGGAAUUACUUCUGCGAGUCAUUUUGGAGUGUAGACAACAAAAUAUGAGAAUGUUGACUUGGGUGAGUUAUGUCCGUUGAAAUAAUCAGAUAUGUUGGCUUAUCGUCACAGCUUGCUUCUGGUCACGUGACAUCAUCCUUCUCAUAUUGCCGGCAACGGUAAUUUGGCUCCCCACUCUGGAAGCCGUUUUACAAAAAUACCGUUUCAGCUCACCCCAGAACACCGUUCCUGUGCGGAUAAGAGGCUGAAACAAUAAAAUACUUUGCCGUUUUGACCUGAAAACGUUUGUGUGGAUCGCACACUAGACACAAAGACAAACAUCCUUUUGUUUUGCGCUUUUUGACGUUUUUCAACCGUUUGCGUCGUUGAAAGGUGAUCAGUGCGUCACGUAGUUGCUGUCAGUGGAGCCGGAGUACCAGACAUUUUGUUUUAGCACUGCUGAUAGCCGCAUGCUAACUCUUCUUAUUCUGUCUACUGUGGCUUCUGCACAUUUAUACACACACGUGUCGCUGAUGUUUAUUGUUCAAGCAUACAUGCUAUCAUAAAAAGAUGACAAAUAAAUCCAAACGU